AUGACACCCCAAUUUGUUCUAGGCCCCGAUGCAUACAACCAAGCCCGCACGUCGAUUUCGGCAUUAAUCAGCCACCAAAGGUCCGAGGACCGUCCCGCAUCCGCCAUCUACCUCACGAUCAAUUUCAAUAUCAAAUUGGCAAAAUCCAAAGACUACAGACUUCGAGUAAUACCAGUUACCCAUAAAAUUGAUAAGAUAUCCAACAAAUCCAUCACCUUCAUCUCAAAGGACCCGGCGAACUACUAUAGGGGUAUUUUGACGGCAAAGGACUCACCCACUGAAGAUGCAUUCAAUGAAAUCAUAUCGUUCAAGAAACUCAAACUGAAAGCCAAGUCUCAAAAAACAUUGAUCAAGCUAUACAAAGAAAACGACAUCAUAGUUGCCGACCACAGAGUCCACAAACUCCUCCCUGAUGUGUUGGGGCCUACAUUUUACGCGAGGAAGAAGAAACUACCAUUCAUGCUCCAAAUGGCCAAACCGGAUCCGUCUGUACAUCUAAGAAGGUCGCAGCAAAGCAAACUUAAAGAUGACAGGUGCGAUCCGGUAUACAUCCAUAGACAAUUGAGAUCCAUUGUUGGAAACCCGGCGUUUGCACCCACCACGAACGCUGGUGAUGUUAUUUCCCUCAAGAUUGGCUACACAAAUUGGAAAAUUGAUGAUUUGCUUGAUAAUGUUGACGAUAUUGUUGGAUACUUGACAAAUGAGGAGAAUAGAGAUGCUAUUGGAGCCACUAUAAACUUGGAAAAUUUGGUGAAUAUAAAUGUUAGAGGCGAAGAUAGUAUAAGUUUGCCGGUUUUGGUUCGAUCAAAGGAGUCGGCUGAUGUUGAGGACGAUAGUGACUUUGAUUUUUGA